UAUAUAUAUAUAUAUAUAUUCAAGCCUUUUCACCUCCAUCUCCAUCAGAAAACAGUGCAGCCAGGAAAUUAAACAUGGCAAAGCAAGUAGAUUUACAGAAACUUGAGUUAAAGGUUUCUGUCAACUGCUGUGAUGGUUGCAAGAAGAAAGUUAAAAAGGUGUUACAAAGCAUUGAGGGUGUUUUGAAGACAGAAAUCGACCCUUUGCAGCCCAAAGUUACAGUCCUAGGGAAUGUGGAUCCACAAAUUUUAAUCAAGAAGCUUCUGAAAGUUGGAAAACAACCAGAGGCGUGGAAGAGCUAUGGGAAUCAGAAUGCUGGAAGGGAAAAGAAAGAAGCAGAAAUGGCAGUGACGAAUGAGAAAGGAAAGCCAAAAACUGGAGGGUGUCAGCAAGAAGAGUGCCCAGAUUCAAAUGAUAAAAUUAAAGUGAGCACAGAUGGUGGGGAUGGAAACAAAAAUAUAGCUGUAGAGAAGGAUCAGAAGGAGAGGGAGGGCAGUGUAAGUAGUUCUAGUUCCCAAGUCGUUAAGAAGGAAAUUCACCCGGAAGUGGAAGUGAAUUGCACCGGGUAUACAAGCUUGUUGCAUGAUAGAGGUAAUGUUAAGACUCUGACUCAUACCCAAUGUUAUAACAUGGUCGGGCCCUCUGUGAUCACCCUGCCCUAUUAUGCAAUACCUUCACAUAUGGCUCCCCUCCUACCAACUUGUUAUGGCGAGGAAUACUACAACUGUGGAAGGCCAAUCUCUCAGCCACCAGCAGCACGAAUUGGGGAUUAUUUCAGUGAUGAGAAUCCCGUGGGAUGCCACGUGAUGUGAGACCAUCCAUCGCUGCGGCUCAAAAUCAUUUUAAGAGGGAAGUUCGGGAGCUAGUCUCUUUUGAAGUCUACAACUCCACAUUAAUGAGAGCUAAAAUGGGGGAAGUUGGCUAGUCCUUUUUGUAGUCUAAAUGCAUGACCAGUUUUGCUUCUCCUUUCUGGAUAGUUAGAAACGUAAUUAUGCAGAUUAGUCAAUUGUUAUAAUGAAUUCUUGGCUAUCAUUUUCCUUCUUAUUGCGUUGCUUCAC